AAGAUUCACACACACACACACGGAACAUCUGCACAGCAGCGGCACGAAGGCAGAGGGGAAAAAACACAACUUAAAAAGCAGAUAAAAGAGGAAGAUGGCUGAUCAGAACAGGAGCUUGGUAGAUGAUUACUCCAGAUACCUGAAGGCAUUCGAGCUGUUUCUGGAACGUUCAUCUGAACACCAGUGUAUGAGAGACUUCAUCCACAACACACUUCCAAACAUCCUGUGCACUGUUGGAGCAGGAAAGUCCACUCUGAAUGUUAUGGGAGUGGGAAGUGGAGGAGGUGACAUCGAUCUGGAAAUCCUCACACAGCUGCACACUAAACAUCCUGAGGCCCGAGUGGAGAAUGAUGUGGUGGAACCCAGCGGGGACAUGCUGUAUAAAUAUAAAGUUUUAGUAGCGAAGACGGCAGGCCUCGAUCACAUCACCUUCAGGUUUAAUAAGAUGACGGCAUCAGAGUUCGAGAGCGACUGGAAGCAGAGGAACAUUGACAGGAAGUUUGACUUCAUCCACAUGAUUCAGAUGCUGUACUAUGUGAAGGAUCCUGAGGCAACGGUUUCCUUCUUCCGGAGUUUACUGCACAAAGACGGAAAACUCCUCAUUAUCCUGGUGUCAGGACAGAGCGGCUGGGGCAGGUUAUGGAGAACCUACCGAGCUCAGCUCUGCAAGAGCGACAUCAGUCAGUGUGUCACAACCGGAGACGUCAGGAACUUCCUGGAUGCUGAAGGAAUCCCCUACCAGAGCUACACUCUCCAAUCUCAGAUGGACAUCACUGAGUGUUUCACAGCUGGAGAUGAGAAAGGAGAGCUGCUGCUGGACUUUCUGACAGAGGUCCUGGAGUUCAGUAAGAACGCUUCUCCAGAGCUGAAGGCCGGAGUGCUGGAGCUCCUCAAACAACCAGAGUGCAGCCGAGAGGUGGACGGCAGGAUUAUAUUCAACAACAACCUGGAGACCUUAGUGCUCACUCCGUAGAGCUGAAACAUGAUCAUACUCUAGAAUAAAGAAAAGACUUGAUUCUAGUUCAUUAUUUUUAGAUUUUAAUUUCAGCUUAAUACGUUAAAUAAAUCUGUCUGAUGUCUGUUGUAA